UGAGGGAGACUCUGAGAAACUUGAAGCAGACUGUAUAAGAUCCUGCAGAUAUGAGGAGAUCGAUUGUGUUGGCUGUGAUUUACAGUCUGGGAUGGAUUUACCUGACCGAGGCUCAGUUUCCCCGAGUCUGCUGCACCGUGGAGGCCAUCGUGUCCAAAGAGUGCUGUCCCGCGCUGGGAUCGGAUCCGGAGAACGUGUGCGGGGUUCUGUCCGGCCGCGGAAACUGCAGCGAGGUCCAUGUGGACUCCAAACCCUGGGGAGGACCGUACAGGUUAAGAAACGUGGACGACCGGGAGAGAUGGCCGACUAAGUUUUUCAAUCGGACCUGUCGAUGCUUCGGUAACUUUGCUGGUUAUAACUGUGGCGAGUGUAAGUUCGGCUGGACGGGGCCGAGCUGUGACCAGCGCAAAGCUCCCGUUGUGAGGAAGGACAUUCACUCUCUGAGCCCCGCUGAGCUGCAGGAGUUCCUGGACGUUCUGGAUCGGGCCAAAACCACCGUCCACCCUGAAUACGUCAUCGCCACACAGCACUGGCUGGGCCUGCUGGGACCCAACGGCACCGAGCCGCAGUUCAACAACAUCUCCAUCUACGACUUCUUCGUCUGGCAGCACUAUUACUCUGUCCGAGACACAUUACUAGGUCCAGGACGUCCUUUUAAAGCCAUUGACUUUUCCCACAAGGGCCCUGCGUUCAUCACCUGGCACAGAUACCAUCUGCUCAGUCUGGAGAGAGAGCUACAGAAACUCACAGGUAAUGAGAACUUCGCCGUCCCGUACUGGAACUUUGCGACGGGACGGAUGGAGUGUGAUGUGUGCACAGACUCUCUGCUCGGAGGACGGGACCCCAGUGACCCGACCAGUAUCAGCCCACGCUCCAGGUUUGCCCGCUGGGGAGUGGUGUGUGACAGUCUGGAUGAGUAUAACCGUCUGGUGACCUUGUGUAACGGGACCAGCGAGGGAUCUCUGCGCAGAGGAGUCAUGGAGAGCACUAAUGUGACUUUGCCAACCAUGAACGACGUUAGAAGCUGCCUGAACCUCAGAGACUUUGACAGUCCACCGUACUUCACCAACUCCAGCUUCAGCUUCAGGAACGCUCUAGAAGGAUACGACAAGCCAGACGGUGAGCUGGACAGCUCUGUGUCCAAUCUGCACAACCUGGUGCACCUGUUCCUCAACGGGACCAGCGCUCUGUCCCACUCCGCCGCCAACGACCCAAUCUUUCCUUUAACAUAAAAUACAAAACAAAAUAAAAGAAACAAAAAUAACUACAUUCUCAAUCAACACUAACUCUCACUCACUCCCACGAACAAAAAGGUGCUUCAUGCCUUCACCGAUGCCAUAUUUGAGGAAUGGAUGAGACGUUCCCGUGAAAACGCCAGCUUGCCGGAUGAGAUGGCCCCUAUCGGACACAACCGGCAUUAUAACAUGGUUCCCUUUUUCCCACCUGUGACCAAUGAUGAGAUCUACAUCACAUCUGAACAGCUGGGCUAUUCCUACGCCGUUGAACUUGAAGAAACAGACAACAGACCGGCCGUGUUUCUGCUGGGCGGCACACUGGGAGGAAUAUUCCUCGGUCUGCUCCUGCUGCUGCUCCUGUCGGUGCUGUACGUGCAGCGGAGGAGAAAGCGCGAGUUCGAGCCUCUCCUGAACACAGAGUUCACAACUACAAAAUACACAGAGGAAGCAUAGUUCACAUCCACACACACGCUCCAGACACAUCACACACACAUCAGCGGCUCCGUACCAAAUCCUCAUGUUCUGAAAUGCUGGCCAGGGAAGCAGUUCACAGGGUUUUGGAACAGAUCCAGUGCAUGCAGAGCAAAACAAAUGAAGAUGAUUGACAAAUUCAGUAGAUCACAAACUCUUUUGAUGGUUAGAGAGGAGCAAUGAUUCAACAGGUCUGCUGAAGUGUAUCAGCCAGCCGCCAUGAAAUAUAUAGAAUGCAUUUAAACAUGCAAAUGAAAAGCACAUAUUAAUACACUACAGUUUAAAAGUUCGGGCUUAGUAAGAUUUUUUUUAAAGACAUUAAUAUAUAU